ACCGACUGGAUUGAGCCGGCCGUGUGCAAAUGUGCAUACAAGUUUAAGUGUUACAUUUAUUUAGUUAAUUGUGGUUGACCUUCACAAUAUUUGGACAACUCUUGAUGAAAACUUGAUUUGAUUUCAUGUGAUAUUACCACAAUUGACAAUUUUAAUAUGGCUGGAACAAAGAUUGGAUGGAUUGGGUGUGGUGUAAUGGGAAGGUGGAUGCUCCAACACUGUAUGGAUGCAGGUUAUCCUGCUUUCGUUUAUAGUCGAACGGCUAGCAAAUGCCAACCUUUGGUGGACAGAGGUGCAAUUUUAUGCAAAUCCCCAGCAGAAGUUGCGAAAAAUGCGGACGCAAUUUUUACCAUUGUCGGUUACCCAAAGGAUGUGGAAGAAGUUAUUUUAGGACAUGAUGGAGUAAUUUCAGGUCUCAAGUCAAGGACUUCUUCGAAAGGAUCUGUCGUUGUGGAUAUGACCACAAGCCGACCUGAUUUGGCACAAAGGAUUGCAGAAGAGUUGGAGGCAGUGGGAUGUCAUGGGCUAGAUGCUCCUGUUUCUGGUGGUGACGUUGGUGCCAAGGAGGGCCGUUUAGCCAUAAUGGUUGGAGGGGGACAAUCAGGCUUUGAUAAAGUCAAGGACAUUCUAAAAUGCAUGGGAAAUCCGGAGAAGGGUGGCAAAGUAGAGCUUCUGGGCCCACCAGGUUCUGGACAACAUACAAAAAUGACGAACCAAAUCCUCAUCGCGACAAAUAUGAUUGGCGUUGUAGAAGCUCUCUUAUACGCCCAAAAAGCUGGACUUGAUGUAGAGAAAACGAUCCAAGUCGUUGCAUCGGGUGCUGCCGGAAGUUGGAGUUUAUCAAAUUAUGGACCUCGAAUGAUUAAAAGAAAUUUUGACCCAGGAUUUUAUGUCGAGCAUUUUGUCAAGGACAUGGAAAUUGCUUUGGAUGAAGCUAGAAGAAUGAACCUUUCUCUGCCUGGAUUGGCAUUGGCGCAUCAGCUUUACGUGGCUUUGAAAGCGCAAGGGGACUCGAAAAAAGGGACGCAUGCUCUUUUGUUAGCGUUAGAGAGACUUAAUGGAGUUGCUAAUUAGAAGUCGGCUAGGACUAUAAUUAAACUUUUAGUCACAAAGAACAAUAAACAGGACAUUAUAUUUUUAAUUACGAAAUUACAAGUAUCCUAAUAAAUUUCUUUCAAAAUCGUUCUAUGUAA